AUGACUGAGACAUGGCAGCAGUCGUACUUGUACCCUGGGCCGCUGCUGGUGCGGAACACCUUCAUCGACGACCCCUUAGGACGUGACUGCCUGACGGAGGGCUUCUUGCAUGAGCGCCAGGCUUUCUCCUGCCCUGUGAGCCGGAUCUCAGAGCCUGGGAGUGGAGUAGAGGUGUUUGAGGCCGACAAGGCCGUACCAGAGGCUCCGCCCGAAGAUGCGGAGAGCUCGGACUGCAGCACCUCCUGCACCGACGGCCUCCAAACGCUCCCGCCGGCAGCGCCCACAGCGCAGACUGUUCCUCCGCCCGACGUCUCAGACUUCUCUCUGCCCAAGUUCGGCGUGCGGCUUUCAGAACUUCCCCUUCCUAGCGAAGGGGCGCAGCACACUAACGCCCUGGCUCCCGAUCUCAGCUACAGCAGCUACAGCUGCGGCUACUUCCUGCCCGCAGAAGGAAUCGUUCCGGCAGGGCCACCAGAGCCUCUGCCACCCGGUUGGGAGCCGACACUUCCGCCUCAGGUGCUUCGUUUGGAAGAGGCCCUGAAGGAGGAAGCUUCGGUCAGCCAAGUCCACCAGGCAGCGGCGCUCGCAGCUGCGGGUGCGAUCGGUGCCAGCCACGAGGAGCAGGUCGCAGCAGCCAAUGCUUUUGCUGCUUCGGCCUCGACUGUCAUGCAGGGUGCAAACAUCCUCGGUGAGCCGAGUGCCGGGUCCACCGGACACUACCAGGGCCAGUGCAGGCCGUGCGCCUUCGCCACCACCAAGGGAUGUGCCAGCGGCAAGGAGUGCCAGUUCUGCCACCUCUGCGCACCCGGCGAGAAGAAACGGCGGCAAAAGGCCAAACGUGCCUUCUUCGGUGCCUUGGCAGAGAUGCAGCGGGCGCUGCCUGAGAGCGCGCCGCCGAGCGGAGCAAGCGCGCAGAGCAUGCCAAAGCCUCUAAAUUAG